AUGAAGUACGACGACCAAUGGCUAGAGGCCUCGGCAUCGACGUCAAAGAGAAGGAGGUUUCACCGAGAACCAAUUAUGUCAGAGAGACAACAAAUGGAGAAAAUUGCUCAGCUGGCCGAUUUGAAAGUGCAACUACAGAUGGCUGCAAUGGAGGCCGCUGUAGCGAAAGCUGAAGCCGAAAAGGUAAUCGCUCAGUAUGAUUCCAUACCGACAGCGUACCAUUAUUUCACCCCCAAUUCCAUUGAAAGGCUGAAUUGCUACCGGUAA